AACAUGGACUCUCUGCAUCUUCUGCUCUUUCUCGCGGUCGCCGCGCUCGCGGUGCAAGUUUCUCUUCAAGGGCCAGGCGAGCGCAGGCUGUUCAAGGACCUGAUGACUGACUACAACCCGCUGGAGAGACCAGUCUCCAACGACUCGCAGAAUCUCACCGUUGAAUUGGGCCUCAGCCUCAUACAGAUCAUAGAUGUGGAUGAGAAGAACCAGGUCUUGACAACCAGCAUUUGGCUCCAAAUGCAGUGGGAGGAUUCUUACCUCCGGUGGAAUGCAUCAGACUAUACAGGUGUGACCAAUAUUAGAUUUCCUCAAGAUCUCCUAUGGAAGCCAGACAUUCUGCUUUAUAACAGUGCUGAUGAAAACUUUGAUGCUACCUCCCACACCAAGAUUUUGGUCAAUACCUCUGGCAACUGUUUCCACUUACCUCCAGGGAUCCUCAAGAGCAGCUGCCGUAUGGAUUUGCGCUGGUUCCCCUUCGAUGUCCAGAAGUGUGAGCUCAAGUUCGGCUCCUGGACCUACGGCGGCUGGUCCGUGGACUUGAAGUUACUGCAGGCCGACACCUCAAGCUACAUCCCCAACGGAGAGUGGGAUCUCGUGGAGAUUAAAGGACAGAGGAACGAGCAUACAUACGUUUGCUGCGAGGAGCCGUACCCUGACAUUACCUACACCUUGGUGAUGAGGAGGCGAACCCUCUUCUACGGCCUCAACCUGCUGCUCCCGUGUGUCCUGAUCUCCACUCUGGCGCUGCUCGUCUUCCUCCUGCCCGCCGACUCUGGGGAAAAGAUCUCGCUGGGCAUUACGGUCCUCCUCUCCCUGGCUGUCUUCAUGCUCCUGGUUGCAGAGAUUAUGCCCGCCACAUCGGACUCGGUGCCUUUACUAGCUCAGUACUUUGCCACCAUCAUGGUCAUUGUUGGUCUCUCAAUAAUGGCCACAGUUGUGGUCUUACAAUAUCACCACCAUGACCCUGAUGGAGGCAAGAUGCCAAAGUGGACCCGCGUGAUCCUGCUGAACUGGUGCGCCUGGUUCCUGCGCAUGAAGCGCCCGGGUGAGGGGCGUCCGGGCCCGGCCCGUCACGACGAGGCCCCGCAGAACAGCGUGACCGGCGUGACCAGCGUGGAUCUCGGUGCCGGGGCCCCAGCCCCCCAAUCCACCAACGGCAAAUUGCUCUACGUCGGCAUCCGGGGCCUGGACAGCAUCAAGUACGCCGCCACCUCGCCCGACUCUGGGGUCCUCUGCGCUCGGCUGGCCGGGGGGGCGGGAGAGGAUGAGCUGCUCCUGCCCGCGGGUCACGGCUCUCCGGCGGGCAGCGUGGAGCCAGAGCUGGCCAAGAUCCUGGAGGAGGUGCGAUACAUCGCCAAGCGCUUCCGUCACCAAGACGAUGACAAGUCGGUGUGCAACGAGUGGAAAUUCGCCGCGUCCGUCAUCGACAGGCUUUGCCUCCUGGCUUUCUCCCUCUUCACUAUCCUCUUCACCAUCGGGAUCCUCAUGUCAGCACCCAACUUUGUGGAUGCCGUUUCCAAGGACUUUUCCACUUAAGGUCUUCAUCACAAAAAAAGAUAGGACACCAAUGUCUCCCAUCACAGAGUAACCAUUUGUAAUCUAAUGUGGCAGUAAAUUGUAUACAGUUACUGCGACUUCAGGCAAAUUGUAUCUACGGCAUAAAUACUAACAACUAAUUUAUGCCCAUUCGUUGCCUUUUAUAAUACACAGCCUUGUGGCAUAUUAAAGGAACAUUUUAACAUUUAAUUCUCUUGUACAAUUCUGAAAUAACCCAGAAAUACUGAUACUUUAAAGCAUUUUUUAAGUUGGGUAAUUUGAUAAUCUAGUACUAGAAUCUACUUGCAAUCUACGUGCAGUUGAGUGUGUUAUUGUUCAUUAUAAUGCGAUUAACAAAAUUCUAACAGUCUACUUAUUAUACAAAAAAAUUAGAAGCACAUAUAUCAUGUAUUAAAAUGUGUUUGUUGCAUCACAUGAACAUUUAUAUCUAUGUGAUGUUGUAAGUCGCCUUUUCAUAAAUACAAAUUAUAAAAGCAAAA